UCUCGGCGGUAGAUGAGGUGAUUUUGACAAACAUAUUAUUAAAUUUAUAUCUACAGUUAUAGUAAAUCGAAAAUUAAUUACCAAUAAAGGAAUAUAAUUAGACAAAAAUAACUUUCAUUUAAAAAAUAAUUCCUUAAAAUUAACAUCAAAAUUUACUUUUACAAAUAUUUCAAAUUAGUUCAACGUACUUUCUCUAUCUUUCUAUCUUCUUAUCGUCGUCUUCCUUUCUUUUUAUUUUUCUCAAACUUAUAAAAAAUACACAGUGAUUACAAUUAAAACAUAAAAAGAAAUUGACCAAACUGAUUAUGAAUUUAUUAUCUCAUAUUUAAAAUGUGAUGAAAAGUUAAUUAAGUCGCUAAGAGAAAAAAAAAAAGCCGGGCACAUUGCAUCAGUUGAUCGAAAUUUAAUAACCAGUUAUUUCGUGCUGGAUUUCUCUUGUUGAAUUUUUAUUAGUCCAUUUGAUUUUUUUUUUUCCUUCGGAGAACGCGUAACUUUUGGCAAAAUAUACAUCGUUGUCUUCCUCUUUAUACAAAUCGAAGGUGAAUAGCAUUCCUCUUGUUGUGUUGAAUAUAUGCGGUGAAACCAUAAAUGCGUCCUCUUCACUCGCACAAGGAAACCGAGGGCAUAUAAGGUGGGAUGCUGUAGUCUCUACUUCAUCAGUACCAAACACACACGAUUCGUCUUCCGAGCCAGCAGGUUUAAAGUUUGUUCAUCAUGCGGUCCACAUGGACACAUGUACUUAUCUGUGCGCUACUGAUUGUCGUAAGGACUCAGGCGUUACGAUCAGAGAAGCUUAAGAGUGAAAGGAAUGCAGAGGUCGAAGACAGCUCGAAUCAAGAUGCUCUACUCGACCUUGAUAAAGAACUCAAGGAUGACCUCAAGAGCAGUAACCUUUCAGUUCUGCCCCCAAUAUUUCUCUUCGAGUAUACAAACGGUACGAAUGCAACAAAUGAUGACAAAUCAAAAAGAACAAUUGACUCACACCUAGGCUAUGGUUUUCAAGGAAAUAAUCUUAUUUCCGGACAUUAUAAUUAUUAUUUCCCAGCUGGAAAAUCCGGAACAACAGUUAGUAUCGAAGAAUCAAUAAGUCCCUUUCUACCAAAAACAAUUGUCGAAUCUGAAAAUCAAUACAAUGGUGAUAGACGAGAAAAUAAUUUCUUUAAUCAAAAAUCUAAUAACGCUAAAAAUCAACAGCCACCACGUUACGAUCAAACACAAGCUUUUUUCCCACAGAGAACUAAAUUACAAAAAUCAUCAGCUAAUUUAGGAUCUUAUCAGGAAACAUCUACAAUACCGAGUACUCAUUUAAGUCCAUUUAGUACCGUGACUCAAGGACUAUCAGCUUAUAAUUCUUUAUCAACAACUCCAAAUAUGAUUUUCGAAUCAACUACUCCCUCUUCUUCUCAAGUGAAUGCUGAGAAUUCAACACCUGAAUCACUCGCGAACAUUACUCCGGCUGCUUAUCGAUCCAAGUAUCGUUUUGGUCCUUACAAUACUCCAAGAACUACAAUUCCCGAGAUUAGAGAUCCUAAUUCACAGGAGGAUUAUUAUUCCCAACCUGAUGACGAUUUAACAAACUAUCCCAAAUACUCAGUGGAAAAUGGUGUGAAAUAUGAACACAAAAUUGUUUGGAAAUAUCCUGAUGGAAGAGUCUCGGACACACCACCAACAUCCUAUGUUACUCAUCCAAAAUCAUCUACUCCAAAAACAAUAACUUCGAAUUUCCCAACAGGAAGAUACAAAAAUAAACCCACUAAUUUUCAUUCAAUCAACACACACAUUUACAAUAAUCCCAGUCAAUCAAUAUAUUCCCAAACACCUGCUCAAUUUCCAAAAGAUGAUUCCGAAUUAAAGAAUAGCAAUCAAUUUCCCCCUAAUGAUUUCUCGGAUUCUAGUUACGAAUCCGUGGAUAUUCCAUCAUCACAACUACCACCACACAAAGUUGUCUAUCAGAAUUCUUUCAACAUGAAACCAAACAUGAGACAUCGUUUCCCAUCAAAUUCACCGCAUCGUAACAAUCAGAGAAUUUCAAAUUAUAAUUCCGCAAAAACCGCUCGUCCAGUUCUUAAAUACGCUGUGAAUAGUCCUAAUCCCGAAUACAUUGGCACCACUGAAAAUCCUGGUAAAAUUGGUUCAGAAAAAUUUUCACCCGAAGCACAAAAUUACAUCAAUAAAAUGCUCGCUUCAGGUAAAUUUCACAAAAAUAGUUAUGGUCAUAAAAUUGUCGAUCCUCAAUAUAAUGAUCUACUAAAAUUUAAUCCAUCAAUUUCGCAAUACAUCAAAAAUCCAUCUUCAAUUUUAAAUGCCCAACCAACAUUUGUUCAAGCGGGAAAUUCACUAAUUCCAGUAAUUAUUCUACGAGUUGAUGGUGCACCUCCUGUACAACAGAAGGCAACACCGAAUAUUAAUUUAAAAGCACUGUUACAACAAUAUUUGACACAAUAUGCACAGAGUCUUAAUGAAAUGAAUCAAGAUUCGUCUUAUGAUUUGGGUAAUGAUUAUUAUUCAAGACCACAAUCUUCAAAGGGAGGAAAUCCCAUUUCUGAUUUAACGGAACUAACACAAAGUUUAAGUCAAUAUUCUGAUGAUCCAGAUAUUGCAAAUGGAUUUCAACAGAGAUUUCCACAGAGUAAUCGAUAUGACAGAAGACAUUAUCAAUCGAGUAAUUAUGUACCAAUUGUGAAGCAAGGUCAUCGAUUUAUGGAAGAUGAAGCUAAAAUGAUUGAAACAGUUAAUAGAUACACGAGUCAAGGUAGAAAACCACAAAAAGUUAAGAAUGUUGAAAUUAUUGACGGUCCGAGAUACACUAAUUAUCAUAGAAGUUAAAUUUCUUUUGGAAAUUUUUAUAGGGAGACUUCAAUUAUUUCCUCUGAAAUUAUAGAAAAAAUUAAUUCGCGACGCUCUACUGAUACAGACACUUUAGAAACUCAGUUAAAAAUUUAUUGAAAACGCAUUGAGCCCUCACAGCACCGGAUAUUUAAGGAUAUCCCUAGGACAUCCUGGGGAUAUCCAUUGCCUUGCGGCGGUUUGGAUAUCCCUGGGAUAUCCCAGGGAUGUCCCAGGAUAUCCUCAGGAUGUCCGAGGGAUAUCCAAACCGCCACAAGCAAAUGGAUAUCCCCAGGAUGUCCCAGGGAUAUCCUUAAAUAUCCGGUGCUGUGGGGGAGGUAACAAUUUUUUGAAGGAGCUUUUGAGUGAGAUUCCAAUGAUUUGGUAUCAGUAGAGAGAAUUAUUUUAGUUUUUAAUGUAACUUUUCCUUUACAAUAUGGCAUCAAAAGGAUGACUUCUCGAUUUAAGUGGGCUGUUCUCGCAAAUCACAAUGUAAAUAUACAAGUGUACAAGUUAUAUUUUUGUUUAGAAAAAAUUAACAAAAGAUAUGUAAUUCUUGUUUAAGACAUUUUUUAUUAAUUUUUUGUACAAUUUUUUCAGUUUUUCUUAGAUAUUGUCUUUCAUGCAAAAAAAAAGUUAUUUAAAUUUCUCACAUAAAGAAAGUGAAAAGUAAUUCUGAAAAUACAAUAUCCCUCACAAAAACGGAUAUUUCAAUAGGGGGAGACUCUGAGUUAGUGAAUCAUUAGAUAGUGAUUAUUAAUUAAUGAAAAUUAAAAUAUAUUGAGUAUUAAUUAAUUAUUAUUUAGUUAAAUAUUGGGUAACUCAAGAAAAAUUACUAUUCAAUGACAAUAAUUAAAAUAAAAUUAUUUUGUGUGAAAUUAAAAAAAAAAAAAAUGUUGAAAAAACUUGUUAACUCAAGAAGAAAAAAUUUAAGCUACAUUUUAUCAAAAGUUAUGAAACUAAUUUAUACAAUUAUUAAAUAAACUGAUAAACAAAUAUUUACUAUAAUUGUAUUAUAAAUUAAUAAUUAUUAUUAAUAAAUAUUUAAUAUCAUUACAAAUAUUUUUACAGCUUAUAUAAUUGGAUAACGAUUUUGAAAAAAUAUUUUCUUAAAUAAAAGUAGAUGAAGAAGUAAAUUGUCUGGGUCCGAGCUCAAGCAUGUAGGAUUAAAUGAUAAUUAAUUAAUACCAAAUAUCUUAAUUUUCAUUAAUUAAUAAUAAUUUAAUUAACCCACGAGUUUUUUUAAUCUGAAAUAAGCUCUUUGUCAUUAAGUUGUAAAACUUUUAUUUUCAUUACAUAAUGCGUCACCAUCUAAUGAUUCACUAACUCAGACUUCUCCUGUAUGAUAUUUUAUAGUUGUCCUAGGGAUAUCAUUUUGUCCGGAGAAAUUCGGAUGUCUCAGGGAUGUCCGUGGACGUGCUAAGGUAAUCCUAGGGAAAUCCUAAUUUCUUCGGACAAAAUGAUAUCUGUAGAACAUUCUGAAUAUCCGAAUGCUUUUAGGGGUUUACAGAAUAAAAGUUUUUAGUUGUAUAGUUUUUAGUAAAAUAAAUCUCAAUUUGGUUUUCUCAAAAAACAUUGUUAAAAAUGAAAUUAAAAAUUGUUUACCAAAUGUUUACUGUAUAUUAAUGUUGAAACUGAUUUAAUUGUGCAUUUAAAAUUUGUAUUAGAAAUUAUUUAAAUAUAUUUUUUUUUAAAUGUUCUUAUGUAAUGAGAAUUGGUGCUUGUAAAUUUUGGACUAUCUGCAAAAUGAUAUAAAAAUAAAAUAGGAAAAACUUAAGUUUUACCUAUAUUUAUGCCAGUAACUAAGUACUUUUAACAGCUUCAUAAGAUACAUUGACAAUAUGUUUUUUUUAAUACUCAUUGUAUUUAUGGACUUUAUGUACCUGAAUUCACAGAAACUAUUUAACUAUUAUGUUAAGUGUAACAACCAUUUUAACAAUCAAUUGAGUUUAGUUAUGUGCAGUUUUUAAUACUUCAUAAUUGUCAAUUUCAUAGUAUGUUCAGUAACGAAUUUGAAAAAUCAAGUAAUCACAUUUUAAAAAUUAUUCAAAUGUUUUCAAAUUUAUUCAAAUUUAUAUUGUAACAUUUUAUUAUUAUUUCAAUUAAAUUUGAAUAAUACAAUUAUUAUCUUUAUUUACAAAUUUAAAAAUUGCCUACAUUUGAUAUCCAAUAUCCAAAUAUUAAGCUGCUCAAAUGAGUUUUUGUGCCAUGACGCAAAAAUUGAAAAUUUUGUUUUGAUUAACAUAAUUACUGUUAUACUUAUUACAAUUAAAAGUAUAUAAAGUCUAGAAUGGGAGUGUGCAAUAAGCAGAGGAGUGCAAAGAAUGUUGACUUUUUAUGUAAUUGUGGUUUAUCAUAUAACGAGCUAGUGAGAAAAAGCUAUAUACAGAUUACGGGUACUUCGUGAAGAUGACCAAAUUUUUACACUGCUUCAAAAAUGGUACCUUUUUUGAACAUAGUUUUUAAGUUUGAUGUGUUUUUAUAAUGUAUAUUUUUACUUUUGUAAUAAUAAAAUAAAAGUGUUAAAAAAUCA